AUGCCGGCGUCGCCGCCCUCCCGGUCCCCGGAGAUCACCAGCGUUUGCUCUGACUCCGACUCCGAGGAGCCGUCGCCUGUGAUCACCAACAGCGGCGGCGGCGGCGGGUUCGUGGUGCAGCUGGUGUCGAGGGACGUCUCGGACGGGCUCCUGGGCAAGUUCGCGGACACCAGCGAGUUCGACUUCGACUACGGGAGGAGCGGGCUCUGGUCGCCGCUGGUGCUGCGGCCUGAGGUCCUGCUCCUCGCCCAGGCGUCGGCGUCGUCGGCCCGGCGCCGGCAGCGGCGGUGGCGGUGGCGGAAGCGGAGGAAGGACCGCUGUACAUCCGCAUGUAGCAUACGAUGA